CAUGGGUUGCCCGAGGGGUUGGCCUGAGGGUUAGUUCUGGCUUGCCAGAGGGUUGGCCGGGCAUUGGCUUUCGAUUAGUAGUUCUCUCCAUAGCACAAUGGUUUUGGCAAGGCAAGUCGGUGGUCCAGGAUUUGUGCAUACGCCUUCCUCGCCAAGGCAGGAGGGCGCAUACACCGAUGGUGGGCCUUGCCUUGCAUGGGCAUUGCCAGGAUCGGCGGCGCCGGGGUGCACAAGUCGGCGUCCCCCGAAGGUGGACACGACGGCCUACAACUGCGUGCUGGAGGUGUGCGCGGUGAGCGGCGACCUCCCGGAGGCGCGGAAGCUGCUGCGGCGCAUGGAGGGCACCGGCCAUGUGGACGUCGUCUCGUACAACACCUAUCCUGCGGACAUCAAGGCCUUGCUUGCCAGCGGGGCUGUCGACGAGGCCGAGGCCGCGCUGGAGGAGAUGAGGCGCCGCUCGCUGGCGCCCAACACGGUGACGUACAACUCGCUGGUGAAGGGCGCGAUCGCGGCGAAGGACGCGGAGAGGGCCUGGCAGCUCGUGGCCGACAUGGAGCAGGUUGGGGUGCAGCCCGACGCCUUCACGUGCUCCAUCCUGGUGAAGGGCGCGAAGCACGCUCCCCAGGCGUGCGACGUGGACAGGGUGAUCGCGCUCAUGAAGCGCGCCAGCGUAGUGCCCGACGAGGUGCUUAUAAAUUGUCUGCUGGACACGUGCGUGCGCAUUCGUGACGUCCACAGACUGUCUCAGGUCCUGGACCAGUUCCGGGCGACGGGCGUCGUGCCCUCGCCCCACGCGCAUGCCACGCUGCUCCGGGCCUACGGCCACGCCCAGCGCCCGGAGCAGGCGUGGGCCCUGUGGCGGGAGCUCACCAGCCCCAGCGGCGCGCAGCCCAUCGAAGAGCCAGAACCUGCAUACCUGUCAUGA